AUGACAAAAUUUAAACAAGCAAGUAAAGACAAAGAAAUAGUAAAGAAAGCGAAUAUUCAAGGAAAGAUUAAGGGCAUUAUUUAUUUUGAUGAAAAUGAUCAAAACUAUGCCCUUAUUAUUAACAAAGUUGCUGGCUUAUAUGCCAUCAGACUAAUUAAAUAUGAAAUCGAUAAUACACUAGAAAAAGUUAGGGUAAAUGUGAGAGCAGUCAAAAGAUUCCCUAAUUUGAUGGAGUUUUAUACGAAUAAAGAGGAUGCUUUUAAAGAAGCUGAAAAUAUCCAGGAAAACCCGGAAUUGAUAAAUAAAUGUAUUUAUGAGAUUGAAACGCAUGAUGAUGAAACAGAAAAUAACAUACUACUCAUAGGUGUAGCUGGUAGCGGUAAAUCUACUCUAGCCAAUGUAAUUAGCGACACUAAUAAAUUUUAUGAAUGCGAUAAGUGGGUUGGUGGAACUCAACAAUUUAAAACCAUAGACUUUGAAUGGAAUGGAACUAAGUAUCGAGUGGUUGAUACUGUUGGAACGGGUGAUACAAACUUAACAAGAGGUGAAGUCUUAUAUAAAAUGGGAGAAGCUAUUCAUUCAAUGAAAAAAGGGAUAAAGCGAAUAUUUGUAGUAAUAAGAUCAAGACUUACUAAUGAAGCAAUGGAGCCAUUUAGCUAUAUCCAACAAAUUUUUAAAAAAGUCGAUCAACAUAUUACUAUUAUUAGAACUGGGUUUGAAGACUUUGAAGACAUAGAAGCAUGCGAAAAGGAUACAAAUGAAAUAAGAAACGCAAAUAAUACAAUGGCUAGCAUAUUAAAUAAAUAUAAUAUCAUCUAUGUUAACAAUCCACCGGAGAGUAAAAGAAGAUUAGAAAAUAAUAGAGAAGAUCGAGAGAAAUCUCGAAAAAUAAUAAUGUCUUAUUUAGAAUCUUGCAAAGAAAAUUACAAAAUGGAAAAUUGGGAUAAUGUGUGCGUUAGGAUAAACGAUUUAAUGAAUGCUAAAAAAUGGGGAGAGAGGAAUAAUCGUGAAAAGAUUGUAAAUAAAUUGAGAGAAGAAAUCAUUUCUGUAGUAGACGAACAAAUAGGCGAACAAUUAAAUCGGUCACUAAUUGAGAUCAUUGAGAAAGAACGAGAAGCGGUAGGAGAAGUUAAAGCCAGAGUAACAGGUUCUUUUCUCGGUAAUAUAGAAAUAGAAAUGAAAUUAAAAAAUUUAAAAAAUUGUUGUUCAAUUCUUUAA